AAUCACAUUUUCUGUUGAGCGGCUCAGCGGGGAGCUGCCUGUCAUUGACCGGCGGAGCUGCUCGCUUGUGGGGGUCUUUUUCGUUUUUCCUGGCUGCCGCUCGGUGCUCAUGGAUAGUUCUAGCUCAAAGACGAGGCAGUGAGCCAGUAUUUGUGACAGAAUGGUAUUAAGAAAAAGACUAAAAUGGUGCCUUUGUAGUAGGAGUAUUGAUGAUGCCGGUGCCUUGUAGCUGGAGUGAAAGUUAGCUAACGUUAAUGAGUAGCAUAACGUUAGCCGACUAGCUAAUGCUAGGCCUUCCGUUUCCUUUUGGUUUGUCAGGACACUUUAUUGUUUUAUUCCUCCCUUAGUAAAGUAGAGCUCUGUAGCUCUUUUGUUUGCUGGCGUUUGCUGAUUUUUCCCCUUUGCUUCCUGUGGUGAACAAGGCACUGAAAUGAAGAGAGUGAACAGCUUUCAGAGGUUCAUGAACAGACGGGCCUCUGCUAACUGCCGCUACCAGCCCACCUGCUAUGAGCAUGCUGCAAACUGCUACACCCAUGCCCUCCUCAUUGUGCCGGCCUUCGUGGGCAUGGCGUUGCUGCAUCGUUUGUCCGAUAACGGCUGGGAGAGGAUCACUGCCUGGGUGUACGGCAUGGGACUGUGUGCCCUCUUCCUGGUCUCCACUGUGUUUCAUAUCAUCACCUGGAAGAAAAGCCACAUGAGGUCUAUGGAACAGUGUUUCCACAUGUGUGACAGAGUGGUCAUCUAUUUCUUCAUCGCUGCCUCCUACACACCUUGGUUGAACCUGCGUGAGUUGGGCCCACUAGCAGCACACAUGCGCUGGUUUGUGUGGCUCAUGGCUGUUGCUGGAACCAUAUAUGUCUUCAAUUAUCAUGAAAAGUAUAAAGUUGUUGAGCUGGCCUUCUAUUUGAUGAUGGGUUUUUUCCCUGCAUCGGUAGUGACAUCAAUGAGCAACACAGAGGGCCUUCAGGAGCUGGCCUGCGGUGGACUCAUCUACUGCCUCGGUGUGUUCUUCUUCAAGAGCGACGGCGUCAUCCCCUUUGCCCACGCCAUCUGGCAUGUGUUCGUGGCGCUGGCUGCGGCUGUGCACUACUACGCCAUCUGGAAAUACCUCUACAAGGCCCCCAGCGCAGACGCCCUCCUCCAGUCGUGACCAAAACUGAGGCUGGACGCUGGUUCUCCACCUUCACUGCGCGCUUCUGAACAGAGGCGCCUGCACACCGAUCCCCCUCAACUGCCCGCUGAAGCUGCAGCAAAAGCCGUAAAGUUUACGAAAAUAAUGACCAUGAAUGGUUUACUGUUUUCUAACGCGGAGAACAGAUUUUUCAGCGUCUCACUGACGAGCAAAAGCUACUUUCAAAGCUGUUUUGUACAAAUUCAGUCUAAAAACACAGCGAGGGAAUUUUGACUUUUUACAGUGAAACCCGCACAUUCAUGAGUAUUUGAGAAAUUUGAUAGCAGCCUUUUGUAUCACUUGAAGUGAGUUACAUUCCACAUUGGGGCCAUGUGAGUGUCAAAACCUGGAGAUUCAUCCAUAUCAGCUGGUUAUUUGAACACUAGGGAUAUUGAGUGAGGUGUUUAAGUUAGCUCAUAUCAGUAGCACAGCUGGGUAUCAUUUAAAACCAAAACUAUUACUUUUUUCAUACUUUACUCUUGAGAAAUCUGAAAUUGUUUUUUUUUAUUUAUUAAAAUACGAAACCAAAGGUCUGAAAUGUCCAAAUGUAAACAGCUGUACAAAAACUUUGCACAAUUCUGAGAUCAGUAACUUAAUAAUCGAAAAAUAAAUUCAAUUAGAGCAAGAAUCUGAGCAGAUAUUUGAUGCCAACAUUUGAUACUCUGUACCAAAAAGUAAUGCUGUAUGAUGCUCAGCCUUUGUCAGUAGUUGAUGCAGAUUGGAAGUGUCUGGAGUUAGUUUUGUGCUGCUGGUGCAUUUUCAAGUCAGUCAGGACGGAAAGAAAUGACAAGAAAAAAUCUAGAUGGAAGUUUAGUGAUUUAUUUUCCUAUUUUAUUUUUACAGUGAUCACACGUUUUUGACCAGUACAUGUUUUGUUUCUGACCAGUAUCCAAAUGCAGUCCUCAGGUUUCAUAGAUCAACAGUUUCUCCUGUAAGUGUUUAGCGCCCCCUGCUGGUGUUGUAAGAAGGUGACACAGAUGAGGUGGAGUUUUGUUAAUGAGCCAAAUGAUGAGAGAAAAUCUGUUCAGCUUAAUAUGAGACCGAUUGUGAACUCUGUGUGUGUGUCUGUGUCUGUGUGUGUAUGUGUCUUUGUGUGCGCACGACCUUCAUACUGUAGUCCAGUAUUACAUUUCCACUGAUUGUCUCUCUCUCUGUGUUUUUGAUUUGCACCACUAGGACAAACAGUGUUUCCUGUCUGUGCUCUGAAGUGGGUUUGAUCAGUGGAGAAACCUCAUGUUCAUGUUUUUGUAAAUUUGCUUAAUGGCUCCAGAUUCCUCUUCCUCCUCUUAGUGAUGUAUGGAGCUGAAUGAUUGCAUAUUUCUUAAUUGUUGAAGUGAUUUCCUGAACCACUCUGUUUUGUAAUGUUUGUAUAUUCUGUUGUUUGUUCCGUUGAUUACAUGAUCCUGGCCUUUGCAGGGAAAAAACUGCUUCUUGUCUGUCCUAUUGGCUGUUAAUGGUGCUGCAUAUACAUGAAUGCUCCUCCACUAUACUGAAUAUCACCUUUCUAAUGUGACAAUAAAAAUGAUAAUGCCCCACAUCUGAGCCUCCAUAAAAGAUCCUAAUUCAUCAUGAGCACUCAGAGGUUUCCUUUAAAAUCCUGUUUGCACUGACUGUCUUUUGCUAUCAGGGAAAUCAUGCUCUCAUCAGACACAUUCAUUUCCAACAGGGACAAGAACACCAUCUUCAAGAAUGUUUUUGACAGGAUGUACAACUACAUCUGGAUAGAUCAUAUGUAAAACCGAGUGGUCAAUGCAGCAGCAGCCACAAUGCUGCUGCAUUGACCACUGCUAGGUUAGAGCUGGGAAAAAUGAUACAUUUUUAGAUAGUGCACAUUUAGGAAUAUUUAAAGAAAACAUGAGAAGAUGUAUAGACAAACAUUUUUUUUUGUAUUUAGCAAAGAUGUGCAAGGCAGCCAUAAAAUAAUGAGGUAGUGGUGUACUCGAGGACUGUCUUUAUCAUAUGAGACUCAAGGAUGAAGGGGCCGCUGGGGCCUCAUGAUGACAGUGACAGGAAUAAUGGGUGAAAAAAAAGACUGCAGCCUAUUGAUAUAAAACAGCAUUGUCUUUUCUUGCCUGCAAUUUAAAUCAGUGGCCUUUCUCACUCCCUUUAAAAUAUGAUGAGACAUAAUAGGUGGAACUUUUUAUGGUCAUGGCACAGUGUUAACCAAAGCUAGCUAGCCAUAACCUAAGAUUCCCAUUGAUCACAUGAAUCUUGAAACAUCAUCGCACAAACUAACCUAAAUAUAAGGUAAUAUUUAGCAAUAUGUUUCAGAAUGACUUCAUAAUUCUUUAUUAUUUUAAGAUUUUUGUUGUUGUUGUUUCAGAUUAAAAGCUUUUGAUAAAGCACCCUUACAUUAAAGGAGGCAAACAGUGAUCAUGUGAUCUAAUCAGCUUUUACACACCUUGGCAAUCAUAAAAAAGUUUUCCACAACAUUCAGGCAUAUUCAGGGCUGAUUUUGUGGCCAUUUUAAAAAUAUGGCUGCCAUGGCCCCCAGGGGCCAAAUAUGCAGUGCCCCAAUGUCUAAGUUUUCCUGGCUGGGGUGGUUCAUGACAUCCCAUGUUUUGAUCAGUUUCUAAUACUGCGCAAUACUGUUUUGCAUGGGUCAAAUAUUCUGUUCAUAAAGUAUGCAGUUUAUCUUUAAGUGAUUUCAUGUUUUGAUAGAGCUGCUCACUGCUAUUUUUAAUAUUUGUACAAGCCCUUUCGGGCAUGUCUUGUCAUAUUGGAUUUCAAUAAACAUCGU